AUGGCAUGUAGAAGAAGAAGGAAAGUUGACAUCAUACAGGGCAAGUUUGGCCUUGGAUUUCUGGAGUUUCGACUUGCGAAAUGGACAACUGCGAUAUGCCAACAAUUCAACUACAAAAACGACGUCCUCAUCGAAAGGAGGAGUUCAUUUCGCUUGUCGUUCUUUAGGAAGAGGAUUGUUGAAGACUCGGAAAUCAUGCAGGACGAUGACGCAAAGAGGCCGGAGCCCGGAUAA